AUGACUUUUAUUACAAAGAAACGUCUUGGUCUAAAGAACAUUGGCUACAACUUUGAUGAAGUUCCUGAUGAAGAAACACUCCUAGAAUGAAAUCGCACAGAUCUAAACUUUAAAGAAAUGAAACGUGAAAAAAUAAAUAUACGAAAAACAAAUUACUCUGGCUUAUUCGGAAGAGCCUUUCUAGAUGAGGCAAAAUGUGUUCGUAAUGCAUCGGUUGGAACUUAA